AUGAAAUCUUCACUUAUUUUGGUAGCUCUUUUGAGCUUGACAGCAGCUAAAUCUGUUGAUCAAAAUGCGUUGUUAAAAAAUGGUUUUGGGGAUGUAAGAAAUUCCCUAGAGAGUGAUGAACUGACUGCACGAAUAAAUGAAUUUGUUGACCGGAUUUGCGACAAUUUUCCUGCUUUUGCAGAAAAACAAAAACUGGAACCAAUAGUACUGCAGGAUAUAAAACAACAUUUUCUUACUGCCUCAAUUGAGUUGACUCAUGGAAAAAUUUCUGGUUUAUCACAUGUUUACAGAGAUGGUAAUGUUACAGUAACCUACGAUCAUGAUGCCAAUAUUGUUACGUUAAACCUUCCAAUAUUUUUCAAAAAGAUAAGUUUUACAUAUGACUACCAUGUUGUAGUUUUUCUAGUUGGACCAAAAGGAGGAUUGACAGGAUCUAUCGAUAAUUUCAGACUAUCAAUUAAUCUGAGCUUAGAUCUUAACACGUAUCAGGCAAAAUUAAACAAAAUUAAAACUUCAAAUAGUGGACAUAUAACUGUAAAGUUCGACGGACACCUGACUGAUGCUAUUCUGAAUAUCCUGUCACAAUUUGUCACCACGGCGCUCCACCCAAUUCUACAAGGCUUUAUUGAAGCUAUAGUAAAAAUUGCAUCCACUAACGUUGUAGAUAGUGUAAACAAAGUAAUAGAUGAAAUUUUGCAUCCAGAUGUAAUUAAAAAUUUCAACUUCGCACAAUAUCAACAAUAUUUAAGAUAG